AUGAAUUGGCAUUCUAAGUUUCGACAAGCCAUAUCCUAGACCUGUUUGUUAGCUGCACAAACAAAAGUAGGGCUUUAAAAAUUUUAUAAUAGAUAAUAUCAAAUAUUGGAGAAAAGAUUCAAAUUAAAUCUAUUAAUCAAAAUGUAGCAGUAAUAAAGAACACUUUAAAAGGUAAGUUCUAUGUAGGACGACACUUUUGGGUAAAUUCAUUCGAUUAAAAGAUGAACAUUUUUUUAUUUUAAUUCAAUUUAAAUGAUAUCUAUUGA